AUGCAGGUGCAGCAGAUGGGAGCAGCCUUAAGAGCUUAGAGUAACCCUUUAAACAGCCAGCUAGACCAGUAUGACAUCCGAUUACGGUGCUCUGUCCUCUCUUCGGGGAGGAGUGCAGCGCAGCCUACCAGCUCACAGCUCCCAUGUCUGGCCCUGCAGUCACAUGAGCUGCUGCAGCUGACCGGAUACCUGCCUGAACAGUAACAGUGGGAGGGGUGGUGCUGUCAGUACAGAGGGUACGUCGUUCUGUGGGGAACACCUUCGCUCUCCUUUUUGCCUGCCAUGCUGAUCACAUGGUGGUAUUUUUACCUUGCAGCCCGGAGCUUCGCCGAUCAAACGCUGAAAAUGGCAUCAAUCCUGCAGAAGUUGAUCACUCCCCUGUUUAGCGGUCCUCCUGAACCCCCAAGGAAUAAAGUGACAGUCGUGGGCGUGGGUCAGGUUGGCAUGGCCUGUGCAGUCAGCAUCCUGCUCAAGGAGCUGGCGGACGAGCUGGCCCUGGUGGAUGUGGUGGAGGACAAGCUGAAAGGGGAGAUGAUGGACCUGCAGCACGGAAGUCUCUUUCUUAAAACCCCCAAAAUAGUAGCAAGCAAAGACUACUCAGUCACAGCAAAUUCCCGGAUUGUGGUGGUGACCGCUGGAGUCCGUCAGCAGGAAGGGGAGAGCCGGCUGAACCUCGUUCAGAGAAACGUCAACAUCUUUAAACACAUUGUUCCCCAGAUUGUUAGAUACAGCCCCGACUGCACCAUUAUUGUCGUUUCCAACCCAGUCGACGUUCUGACCUAUGUGACCUGGAAGCUGAGUGGCCUUCCCAAGCACCGCGUCAUUGGAAGUGGCACCAACCUAGACUCCGCCCGCUUCCGCUUUCUGAUGGCCGACAAGCUUGGGAUCCAUGCCAGCAGCUUCAAUGGAUGGAUCCUGGGAGAGCAUGGAGACACCAGUGUGCCUGUGUGGAGUGGAACAAAUGUGGCUGGAGUCAACCUGCAGACAUUAAAUCCAGAAAUUGGCACUGACUGUGACAAAGAGAACUGGCAAGAGACCCACAAGAUGGUGGUGAACAGUGCCUACGAGGUGAUCCGGCUGAAGGGUUACACCAACUGGGCCAUCGGUCUGAGCGUGGCUGACCUGAUAGAGAGCCUGAUGAAGAACUUGAACAGGAUCCAUCCUGUCUCCACCAUGGUGAAGGGUAUGUAUGGGAUCAGUGAGGAGGUCUACCUGAGUCUACCUUGCGUGUUGAAUGGAGGGGGCGUGGCCAGCGUGAUCAACAUGACUCUAACGGACGACGAGGUGGCCCAGCUCCAGGCCAGUGCAAACACUCUGUGGGACAUCCAAAAAGACCUGCAGGACAUCUAACUGACCACCAGAGGGACGCUUCUACUUGUUCUUUUUUUUCAGCAUCGCCACAAUGCAACCACCAAACAUCCGAUCAUCUUUCACCCCCUCACCCGCAUCCCUCCUGUAGAUCGAUGAUGUUGGGACUUUAAUCCCAUCUUGGUUUAGGUGUAGACAUCAGUUUGCUGCUUUUUUUUUCUCCUUUUUUUCAAGGAUGGGCAUAAAUGACAGGAAGUGGGUGAUAAGCUCUGGCUCAUUUUAAUUACGUCUGUCCAGCUCUGCAAAAGAAUCAGUUCUACUGGCAGUUUAAGCAAAAAUGUCACAAUAAAAUAAAAAUGAAACCCAC